AUGUCAACGCUCAUACCACUAUACCCGUCUGCAGCUCUGAUAGCCACAGGAUUGGGAUUACAUGGAUAUAGAAAAGGAUCACUAUCGCUUGAUGGCGCUAUAUCAGCUUGGAUAGUAGGUUAUGGUCAUUUAGCGAAUCCAGUCAAGGUCUUUGGAGUAACCAUGAUUGGGAUGUAUCUUAUUGGAAGUAGAGCUACCAAAGUCAAAGUGGAUGUCAAAGCGAAACUUGAAGAUGGUCCUGAUCCGACCAAACCGAGUGGAAAUAGGAACUGGAUACAAGUCCUAUCAAAUUCACUUCCGGGAUUAAUAGCAGCUUUGAUGUAUAGAUUUGGACCCGCUUCUCAACUCGAUAAUAAUAGUACGAUUUUAGCUUUACAUCCUUUAUCUAGGCCUUUGAUAUAUACUUCAUUAGGAUUGAACGCUACGAUAUUAGCGGAUACUCUGGCAUCUGAAUUAGGAAUCUUAUCAUCAUCUUUACCGAUUUAUCUACCAACUCUCAGAACAGUUCCAAAAGGGACCAACGGAGCUGUGUCCUUAUUGGGAACGAUAGUGUCUAUACUUGGAGGUGGUUUGAUAGGCUCAAUAAUGGUUUUAGAUCUCUUGAUUGAGAAUCCACCUUCUAGAGGCGAAUCAUCCUGGAUUAUUGAAUUGAUAGGUGUAGGUGCGAUAUUAGGUUUAGCUGGUAGUUUGCUCGACUCGAUGUUGGGAGCUUUCCUUCAACCAACUUACUUCUCCACAUCCUCGAAUCAAAUCUUAACUGAUCAAUCUAAGAAAUCACAUAAAGAUGAGGAUGUAAAGCGUAUAGGAUAUGGUAUAGAUCUAUUGUCUAACUCAGGAGUAAAUCUUAUUUGUGGAUUAGUGUUUAGUGGUGUAGGUUGGUGGUAUGGCUCUUUAUGA